AGCCAGUGUACAGUGAAAGUGCAGGCUUAUGUCUGAGUGACUGCUGCGGGGACAGGGCUCUUGUAGCGAGGCUUUUUCAGCACCACGGGGAGCGACCCUUCCGCUCCUCCAGCCGCCUGCAUAAUUAAUCCAUAAAGAAGUCGUUCAAUCCUCCGCCCAGCCGUCGCGCCAUUGGUUGAGUGCUAAUCUACUUCCUGAUUUGCUGCUGUCAGUCUCGAUCCAAAUAAAUAGUAAUGUACCUGUACCACCGUGCACAGGUUGCCAACGAGACUACGUUCCAGCUUUAAAGGUCCUGAAGACUUGGACCAACUGAGUGAUUUUGUUUGCAUCAGGCAUCACAAGCCCCACGGAUUCUCCGUUUUGUGUUUUUACAUUUUGAGAUGAAUCUGAACUACACUUCUCCGGUCCCCCAGAUGCCGGCUCAAAGGUCAACGUCGUUCUUCAUUGAAGAUAUUUUACUACAUAAACCUAAACCUUUGCGAGAGGUGUUUCCCUCGCCCUUUUCAAACUCUCUUGCCUCCCGGUUGCCUCUUAUAGAGUAUGGAUAUCCACUUAUGCCUACACCGAUACUGGCUCCUCAUCCGCAUCAUCCGCUACACAAACCUGAACACCAUCCGUACUUUUUCACCUCGGGAAUGCAGAUGCCUGCGUUAUUUCAGCAUCAUCCCGAAUUACCAGGGAAGCACUGUAGACGCAGAAAGGCAAGAACAGUGUUCUCAGACUCCCAGCUCUCCGGACUCGAGAAAAGGUUCGAGGUCCAGAGAUAUCUGUCUACACCUGAGCGCGUGGAACUGGCUACGGCGCUCAGUCUAUCGGAAACACAGGUAAAGACGUGGUUUCAAAACCGGAGGAUGAAGCAUAAAAAACAACUGAGGAAAACACAAGACGACCAGAAAAACCCAAACGAUGUAGACAGAUCGCUGGAGAACACGAGCGAGAGCGAAAUGCCCGAGAAAAGUACAGACGGUAAAAACGGCAUGAGUCCGGACAGAUACACGCUGGAUGACAAUGAAGAUGAUGUCGAUAUUGAAGAUGACAUUUGCUCUCCUGAACAUCUACUCUAGUAUUAUCACCCCCCAUGAACAAAAAUGUACAUAUUAAUUACAGUCUUUUAGAUAGGAAAUUAUAUAUAGUUUUUUUUUUUUUUUUUUUUUUUUUUUGAGAGCAUUG